AUGGCCGAGGCUUUGGCAAGCACGCCCCUGCUCGGCAGCUCGGAGAAGGGCAUGGGAACUUCAUUAUACGAGAAAUAUAUGAAAUCGACGGAAAUUGUUGUGUCACACAUCUCACUCGGCUUGUCUUCGGCUUCUGUGGGAGCCAACACUCACUUCGAACGUCCUCUCCUUUCACUGGCUCACACAACACGAAUCUUCUGCGACACAAAGCCUACCACUAGGCUAUACACUGAUAUCUUGUUGGAGUCGACAUUGUCACCUACAUCGAAGCAUUACAGCCUUUUCGUCCUGUCGCGCCUGUCGUGCAACUCCACUCCGGACCCCCCAGCACGUAGUUAUAGAGGAGCAUGCUGCACGAAGUCCGACCACCGCGAGAACAUCACAAGAGCACGCUAUAUCAUACAAGCCACGUCGAGCACUCAAGACGGCUUGAAUCGUGAUCAUGCGCGAACACACAGUACCGGCUGCCUGGCUGAUAUCGGUCUCUGCAGGAUACAACAGUACUGCUGCCCGCCCAACUUCUACCCUACAAGCUCUUUGAAGAGAUUGCUGAAUUGGCGGUCUGGCUCGGAAGUGGGCUGUGGAGGCAGAAGCCAAGCUCAUCUUUCCGAGCAUCCCCCAUCGGACACUUCCAAGCAUUGCGCCUUUUCUCGGAGAGCAGAUGUAUGUACAGUCUUUGACGAGUUCUGGACGCGCUCAACGAGCUCGAAUGUCGGAUCUCUCACCCUGACCACGAUUACACAGGAUCGUGCACGAAACGCUGGCGAAGUUGAUGCCGAAAGCAAAGAAGUCCAUCUCAAUAAAAAGAAACCUGGCGGCUUUCCAGCCCGGACCGAGUCGAUCGAAGCCGCCUUCAUACUUUUACCACAAGUCCAACCCUGUUUCAGAGUGUUUCAAGAUACGCACGAUCAUCCUACACAAGGCCUCCCCAAGGGAUCAAAACGGACUGGACAUGACAACUUGCGCUUUACCGAGUCGGAAGGUCUAAGACUCACGAGUCAACCCGUGAUCUCGAGCAAAGUCGGUGAUCUGUACCCUCACGUCGAGGCAGUCCGCUAUGCUUGUGCUGUCAACGCCGACCGCAUGGACUACUCCCGAAGCCACCCGGCUGCAUCGCUGGUACCCUAUGCACUGUCACUGUUUCCAAGAUCAGUGAUCAUGUUUCGGCAUGAUGCCCCUUCACUCCCCGUCAAGGUUCAACCCGUCAUCCGCGCCGUAUUCGUUGUCAGCCAAGGCUCCAGUCGCGUGAGGCUCAUGACAGGCUUCUGGUGGUUGGCGAUGUCUCAGAUGAGCGGUGUCAAGAUCAGAAAUCGUGAUAACCGCAACUGGGCAUUUCAUAUGAUGUGCUAUGACGGAAGGGCACAGACAUCGGAUACAAACCCAAAUCUAUUCUGCGCCUGGACAACUACACUUCGUGCCUCUGCCUUUUCUCCUUUGGUCGCGCGCAAUUCAAUGAACGCCGCAGCUGGUGCUGUGCCGCCGCAAUUUGCAGUGGUAGGCAAGAAACAGCCAUCGCGGCAGCGAGAACAGCAAGAGGAUAUGGGCGACUAUAGGCCAAUCUACACAAACUCCUACCAGAAUCCUUACGAAACCUACCCACAAGCCCCAGUAUACAAACCGGACAGCAACAGCCACAGCAACGGCAGCAAUCGCAGCCGUCAUAGCCAAAGAAACAGCGUGCAUGGGACGACGAAGGGCAGAUUAGAUGACGAUCGACUGGCAGUUCCAGAUUACAUGCACAGCGAGCGACACAGAAGUAAUCGGGAGCGGCGCGGUCGCUCAUCUCGUGCUUCCCACGACUCCGACGAUUCGUAUCACGACCGAAGGCGGCGCGACCACCGUAGUCGAAGUCGCAGACGAGAAAGGGACAAGGAGAGCAAUAAUAGCGGACAGAAGCAACAAGAGCAACAACAAGACCAAGAACAAGAAAAGGAGAAGAAAACAGGCCUCGCAAAGUUCGAUGAGUACAUUACGCCUUUCAAUGUGGGCAUCUUGCUAGGCUGCUUCGACCUCAUUGGUGGAGGUUUGUCAUUGUACAUGACCAAAAAGCGCUUCGGCAAGAAAGCGCAAGCAGCUCAGGCAGCGCAGAACGGGGGCGGUACCCAAAAGGCGGGUGGCGCCAACGGGGGAGGAGGCGCCAUGGCAGUUCCAGUAGAAGUUCCGGACGAUCACGAGGGCGCAGUAGACGAUAUGACAGGUCCUCUCGAAAAGGCUCGCGAUCGUCGUCGGAGGAAAGUUAUGACAGUCGCGAUUACAGAGAUGCUCGGAAAGAGCCACAUCGCUUGGAGUAUGAUCGUCGGGGAGGUGGGCAUAUCAUCCAGCAGGCAGGCAUCAUUAACGGCAAUUUUGUGUAAUUUCAUGCUCAAAGGUAUCGAUGAGUUUGCCGCAGCCCGAUGGAUGGGCAAAAGUGCUGGGGCCAGCAGAAACACCAGAAUCGCAGAAUGUAUUGGACCUGAUAACCUGCUCUACUUCACCAGAACUCCGGUUUGGCAUCGAGUGCUGAGUCGUCUGCCACAUCCCGCGCUCGCGUUGCAGGGCUUGAGCCAUCGAUUCGAGCCUCAAAGCUGCCAGUAA